AUGUUCACCACAGGUUUCUCAGCGUACAAAAAAAAAACCUUGACUAUCAACAGCUUCCAGAAAGGUGGUGAUGGUGGAGCACCAUCCGAGUGUAAUGAUAAAUACCAUCCAGAUAACAUCCCGGUCGUGGCAUUGUCAACUGGAUGGUUCAGUGAUAGGAAGAGGUGCUUGGACUACAUUACCGUCUAUGGUAAUGGAAGAAGUGUCAAGGCCAGGGUUGUUGAUGAGUGUGAUUCCACAAUGGGAUGUGAUUCUGAUCAUGAUUAUCAGCCUCCAUGUCCUAACAAUAUUGUCGAUGCCUCUAAAGCUGUAUGGAAGGCCUUGGGAGUGCCGGAAAGCGACUGGGGUGAAAUGGAAGUACACUGA